UUCGCGUGAGCUUCUUUUCUGCUCAAACUGAUUAUACUGUGUUUAAACGUCUCACUUUGUGUUCUGGUGUAAUCUAAACCACAUUAAACUGUUUUGGACUCACAGCUAUUCAUGCUUUCCUAACCCAGUCGGACAUCCUGGGAUCGAAUUGUAUUAAUAUAAUAAUUAAAGAAUAUAUAAUAAUUGUAUUUAUUAUGAUACUAAUAACAACAUAUAUUUACUUGAUAAAUAACGUGUACUUAUAAUCAAAAGCGAAUUCAAUUUGACAGCUUUUGCCCAUACUCAGUAAUCUUUUAGAAUUAUUGUAUACGUUGCAUACAAAAAUCACGUUUCCGUUUUGAAAGGGGCGGAGCCUAAGAUUUACGUAGCUCCAAGGCAGCCUACUAUCGUUCUACAUUGUCGAGCUAAGUAGUACGUCACCUAAAGGUUUGCAUACUAGUUAGUACUUUAGUAUGGGAGUAGAUGCCCACUCCCAGUCGCGCGAUGAUGACUAACCACAUCGCGGUAACAUCGGACGAUUUGUACAGCAACAGUCGAGUCAUUAUUGGUCUGUAAGCGUGUGAUGACUGUGUCUAUGUUUAGUUAUGUACCGGUCUCUUUUUAGUCAGAUGUAAACUAACAAGCUUUUAUUUUACUUUGGCUGGUGUGUUGGGCCCUCGAAGUAAAUAAGUCGCUUUAGUGUAAAAAAAAAAAAAAGAGGCUUACGGCAUUACAAGACUACAAUCGGAAGAAAGAUGUUCGAUUCAGAAGGCUACUUCUUCAUCCUCCUGGAUGUCACUUGUGUUGUCCUCGCUGGACUUCCAUUUGCAAUAUUAAAUAUUCAACACAACCCAUUCAAAAGAGGAUUUUUUUGCAGUGAUGAUACCAUCAAGUAUCCAUACAAAGAAGAUACUAUAUCUUAUCAACUGCUAAUGGGAAUAAUGAUCCCAUUCACGUUAAUUGUAAUCAUUGGUGGAGAGUCUAUUUCCAUAUAUCUCAGAUCAAGAUCUUCAUUAAUUAAUGAUUAUGUGGCCUGCAUCUACAAAGCUGUUGGGUCGUUUAUCUUUGGAGCAGCAAUAAAUCAGUCCCUGACUGACAUUGCAAAGUACACCAUCGGUCGUCUGAGGCCACAUUUCCUAACCAUAUGCAAGCCAAACUUGAGCGUCCUGGAUUGUAAUUCCGGUUACAUUCAGAACUUCUCGUGCACAGGAGACAAGGCAUUGGUCAGUGAAGGCAGGCUUUCAUUUUUUUCUGGACACUCUUCCUUUUCGAUGUAUUGUAUGCUGUUCAUUGCACUGUAUCUGCAGUCAAGAAUGAAGGCACAAUGGGCUCGGCUAGUGAGGCCAACUAUCCAGUUCUUCCUAAUUUCGGCAUCUGUGUAUGUGGGUCUGUCUCGAGUCUCAGACUACAAGCAUCACUGGAGUGAUGUUCUCACUGGAUUCAUACAGGGAGCCAUUAUGGCAGUAUUUACAGUGAUGUGCGUGUCCGAUUUUUUUAAAGCCCAUCUUAAGAGAGACAAAGAUGAUAUCUCCCACACGACCUUACAGGAGACCACAAAUGAUAUGAACCACUACGGGAGUACCGAGUGAGAAGGAGACUAAAUUUUCAUAUCACUUUCAUUAGAGAAAGACAUUUGACGGACAAAAUGCUGUUUCAGAAGCCUCAAUUAUGUCAAAGUUUUGCUGGUUGUAAGUUUUAAACUGUUAAGCAAAUACUCUUACAAUGGUCAUAAAAUCCUAAGAACAUUCAUAAACUGCUGUUCUAUUUCCAUACAUUCCAGAUCGUCAUGGUACUUUUCUUAGUAACUAAAUGAGGCUGUAUAUCCAAUAUCCAUUAUCGCCAAUACUGUUCAUAUCAUUUUUUUUAUUGAUCAUGAAAAGUUCUUGAAUUGUUUAAAGUUUUUGUGGUUCUGAUAUUGUGAAACGACUUGAAAUGAAUCUAUUCAACUCUAUUUAAAUGGGAAUCAUUUAAAAUGCUGAAUCUGUUCUAAAUUUCGAAGACAAUAAUCAUUUAACAUUCUCAUAUACUGCUCCUUAUGUAAGGUAAGAAUUGGAAAUGUGUCAGUACCACCUUUUUAUCGGACCAAGUAUGCCAUGCGCUGAGCUUAAGUUCCCAUUGAACUAUUAUGCCUGAUCCAGAUACUGACAGCAGGUAGCACCUGGUGUUUUUUAAUCUGCCAUUAGGGUUUGAGAAAGCCAAGUUGUCUCCUCAGAUCGAGUAAUUUAUAAUAUUCGAUGGCUGUCUCCCAUUAUGUAGAGUGUAGUAGAUAACCGAGUUUGACUUUUUAUUUUUCUGGUGCAAUACCACAACAAAGGAGAUUGCCUGUAUUUUGUUGGAUUUAUGAGAUGCUGUUUAACUUGACUACCUGCUGGGGCCACAUUGCAUCAGAGGAAGGAUAUUGAAUUCUGAAAACAAACAGAUUUCUUAUAACCUACAAACUUAAAGCUUUGCUAUUGGCACUAUGUUUCACUUAAGGCAAGGCUUUUCCUCUGGAUACAAACAGUUGGAGCACUGAUCACGUCCAUGAUACAACUGAAUCUGGUUAUGGCAGAAAAAAACAGCUCACCAUUCUGCCCAGAAAUGCCAGAGUUUAAGACGUUUAGCCAUUUAUAAGCUAUGAAAUUUUGUUUUAGAUCACAUGUCUGUUUUUAACAGCAUGGUAAAAAAUGCAAAGAAUAAGGUGCUGUAAUAAGCAGUAGAAUUUAAUGCAUGGAGGAUAAACAUUUAUUUAGAAAAAGAAAAUUAAGAAUGAGACAAAACUGUGGGACCAUUUAAAUGAGGAAAUGUAAAAUCAAAGUGAUAUGACUUAAAUUUUGUAUUCAGCAAGGGAAAACACAUAAAUAGACCCCCUUUUAGGUUGCCUUAGAUAUUAUAAUAGCUUAUCAGGCAAAAUCGCUUUCUGAUUUUUAUUUUUUUAAAUUCAAGAAUAUAUUUUUUUUCUCACAAGAAAAAUCACUGUGUGUAGUUCUGCAGGAUUACAUUAUUUGUUCUAGAAAUUUUUUUAACAUGUUUGUGACUGACAGCCGGGCAUCACAUACAUAGGAUUUUUACAGGAUUUUGAGACUCCCCACACUCUGAAGAUACUGGUCAAAGGUACUUCAAAAUUUUGAAAUAAAAUAAAAAUUUUAAAAGAGGUCUAUUAAAUUUAAAUAGCCAGUGCGAUCAAGAACUGUUUUGUUUGUUUUUGUCUUUUUGUAUUCGAUCAAAUGUAUUUUUAUCAUUCUAUAAAUACAGAAAUGCCAAAUAUAGUGUUGAGACAAAUUAUGAAUGAAGUAGGUAAAUUAAACAAAUGUGUUUAUUUAUUUGAGUUUUGUCUUAUGUUGCUUUAUUGUAAGAAAAAAAAAUUAAAUAAAAAUAAAGUUAAAUUUGUACAAAUAAUUCAAAGACUUCAAAGUUUUUUUUUUUUUAGUUUUUUUGAAUGAGAAAAGAAAACUAUAUACAUCCACCAUAAAGUAUGCAAUGUAAAGGUACAUAACGAAUGAAAAAUAUGUAUGGUCUAAAUAUAUGUCUUGUCUAAAUAUGUCUUUGUUCUGUCAUUAUAAAAUAUACUGUAAUAAAUGACCUAAUAAUCA